AAAAUGUUUAAAAAUAGAUUUUUCAGAUAAAAAUGGAAGUUGACACCAGAACUGUAACAGAGGGGGGCAAACCAUGUACGGUGGAAGAUGGAAAUUUUCAUACGACUGGUGAAGUUGAAUUGCGUACGACAGAUGCAGAUGAAUUGCGUAUAACUGUUGGUGAAACGGUUAUCCUGCAGAAGUUUAAUUAUAUGAGAACACAUGUUCUAAACCCAGGGAAGAACCUGCAGCUAGGGAGGGAUAUUGUCAACCUAUCAGGUGUGGUUGGGGAGAAGUAUGGAACUACUUUUGAGAUGGUUUCAGAUCCUGCUAACAAGAAAGUAUUCCAACUGAAGAAGGCUGAUGAAGUUGUAGAUUUUGAGUCUUUAUUUCUUACAGGUAAACAAUAUACUAGCGACAUUUUCUCAUCUUAA